AUGGAGAUUCCUGACUUAAUUGCCUUGGAAAAUGACGUUAUCAAAGAAAUAAAUUUCGACAACACUGAAAAAGAAGCUUAUUCAAAGAAAGUUCCUAUUACAAUCAUUACAGGUUUUCUUGGUUCAGGAAAAACUACUUUAUUAAAUUAUAUAUUGACGAAACAACAUGGUAAAAGAAUUGCCGUGAUUUUAAAUGAAUUUGGUGAAAUUGAAAAAGCCAUGUCUGUUGCUCAGGGUGGGGAAUUAUUUGAAGAGUGGUUAGAAUUAGAUAAUGGAUGUUUAUGUUGUUCUAUAAAAGAUAAUGGAGUAAAAGCUAUAGAAAAUCUUAUGCAAAAGAAAGGAAAAUUUGAUUAUAUUUUAUUAGAAACUACAGGUCUUGCUGAUCCAGGACCAAUUUGUUCAAUAUUUUGGUUAGAUGAAGAUUUAGGUAGUGAUAUAUAUUUGGAUGGUAUCAUCACACUGGUUGAUGCAAAAUAUAUUCAAAAAGAAGUAAAAACUAUUUGUUUAUCAAAAUUUCCUUCAUUAAUUGACUUAAAAAGAAUUGAAAAUUGGAUUCAAUUUUUAUUAUGGGAUAAAAUUAUUCCGAUGUCAACUGAUACUACUUCAUCAUCUUCUGAUAAUGAAAUUAUAAUAUUACGUCUUAAAGGAAUUCUCACUCCGAUUAAAAAUCCAGAAUCUCGAGUUUUUGUACAAGGAUGA